AUGGGCACUCGUUUUAGCGUUGGUGGUGAUCUCGGUGGCAAAGGAGAUGUUAUAACAAGUUGUGAUGCACCAUUCAUCGUUGGCGACGACACAGGUAUGGAGAAAGGUGAUCGAACAUUCGUGGUUGACCCUCCUUGUCGAGCAGCUAUACCUCGCUGGUUCUUCGCUCGUACACGCAUUCGCUUUGGUCGAUCAAUCUAG